AUGCCAACAAUACGCCCUAAUUUCCUACCUUUCCGCGCCCUUCGCGCCCCAUCAACCUCCCCAUCAACAUAUUUCUCUCGACAAAUCAAAAUCACACCCACAGUCUCACCUGUCUCAUCCGUCUCUCCAAAACUCCAACCACAAACCCAAUUCAUCCGUAAUCACACAACAUCCGUCUCCCAGGAUGAAGUCUCUCACUUUUCCUCCCUCGCCAGCUCCUGGUGGGAUCCAAUGGGCCCUUCUCGAAUUCUGCACCUGAUGAAUCCCCUCCGUCACGAAUUCAUCGCUUCUUGUCUUGCGGAAAGUUCUCCAGAUACACAAACAUCUACCUCUGCCUCUGCCUCUGCCUCUGCCUCUACCUCCCCGCCCGCAAAUCUGCACUACCUCGAUAUCGGCUGUGGAGGAGGUAUCUUCGCUGAAUCCCUCGCUCGUACUAUUCCGCUUGAUCCGUCAAGUCCGGCACCAACACCUACUCGCGCCGCAUCAAUGACAGCCAUCGAUCCUACAACGGACCUAAUUCAAAUCGCUAAGAAACAUGCCCGUCUCGAUCCAACCGUUGAUUCCCAUCUUCGAACUGGGAAGUUUCGCUACCUAAACACUACAUUGGAAGAUGUACUUGCUUCUGAAUCCGAAUCCAGCUCUACUUCCAGCUCUAGUUCUAGCUCGGUCUCCACUUCCAACUCCUCUGUUACACAUCCCCAAUUCGACAUCGUUACCCUCUUCGAAGUAAUCGAACACAUAGACCCAAAGACAACAACCUACCAAUCCUUUCUUGAAAAAUGUCUUUCGGCAGUAAAGCCCGGCGGCUGGUUAAUUGGUUCCACAAUUUCUAGAACGUUACCCUCUUUCCUUCUUAAUCAGGUUAUUGCCGAGGCGCCUUGGCCUAUUGGGGUUGUGCCGAGGGGUACACAUGAGUGGAGCAAGUUUGUUAAUCCGCCUGAGUUACAUGGUUGGGCGCAGGAGGGGUUGAUGCGUCUUGCCGAUAAAGGUGUUACGAGGGCUGGAGCUGGUGCGUUAGAUGGGAUGAUGUGGAAGUGUGUUGGAGCUAUCUAUGUGCCUGGGUUGGGGUGGAAGAUGGUUCCUGGGUCGGAGGAUUGGGGGAAUUAUUUUUGGGCUGUUAGGAGGGGGGUUUAA